AUGGAAAAGCGCCAACGACUGCUUGAUUCUGCCGAUGGCGCCGACAGUGCCGAGAUCGGCAAGCAGCUCAAGGAGCUCGAUCCACUCCGACAAGCUUGGGAGUCCUUUUCCACCAAGCGCAAGCAACUCAUCAGCACAAUAACAAUGAGCCAUACCGACCCUGACGAGGACAUGCGUGCGCUCGCUACCGAAGAGGUUCCACUCUUGGAGGAAGAGCUGUCAAGCUUGCGAGCGGAAAUCGAGAAAGUGAUCCUGGAAUCCGUCACGGAUGCGAUCGAGGCGACGGCGGUGGGUGCCGUGCUCGAAGUGCGUCCAGGGGUUGGAGGCCAAGAGUCGACACUUUUUACCGCCGAGGUGGCGCGCAUGUACGAACGCUUCUGCGAGCAAAAGCCGAUGGAGGAGGACGGUUCGGGUGAGUGGCAGGUCGAGAUGCUGUCGAGCACCAGCGUCGACGUGUCCACUUCUUCGUCCGGAUCCGGCUCGGGGCUCAAGGAAGCCAUCAUCGAAGUCAAGGGUAAGGGCGCCUUCCAGAAACUCAAAUUCGAAGCGGGAGUGCAUCGCGUACAGCGUAUCCCGGCGACACAGAGUCUGGGCAAGCUGCAAACCUCAACGAUCGCCGUCAUGGUGCUACCCAUCUCGGAAGGAAAUGAAAGCAAGGCGGACGACCUGGUCGAUCCCAAAGAUGUCAAGGUUGAGGUGAUGCGAUCCCGAGGCGCGGGAGGACAGCACGUCAACAAGACCGAAUCUGCCAUUCGACUGACGCACGAGCCGACGGGCAUCUCUGUUUCGAUGCAGGACAGCCGCUCGCAGCACCAGAAUCGCACCAAGGCAUGGGCCGUGUUGCGCGCCCGACUGCUUGACCGCAGACUCAAGCAGGAGGUCGAGGGGAAUCGAGAGCGGAGGUUGGCACAAGUCGCAAGUAUGGAUCGAAGCGACCGCAUCCGCACCUACAAUUUCCCGCAAGACCGUGUCACGGAUCAUCGCAUCAACCUCAGCUUGAACGGCAUCGAUGCGAUCAUGGAGGGCGAGCACGAUGUGGGCAUGGGUCUCGACUAUAUCAUGGAAAGUCUUCGUGUCGAAAGCGAUGCGCGCAAGGUCAAGGCGCUAUUGGAAAACGAGGAAGCUGAAGCUGCCGAAGCUGCGUUGCCGCCGUCGUCGGGCAAAGGGCGCAAGUGA